GUUUCCCGUUCUCGCCUGCGCGCUUCCUGCCUGCUUGACGCUUCACUGCCGUCUAGUCGACACUCCAGGCGCCCCCGCAUCCUUCCAGGCGCUACACGGAACCCCACCACCGGUACAUCCCCACGUUACACGGGAUCGCGCACCCCGCACCAUGGACGCCCUCCACAAUAGCACGAGCAUGUCCGGUGCCUACGAUGGCACGGACCUCACUUCGCUCUCAUGGCUCGAGCAGCUGUGGGUGCAGUGGUAUGUGAUGAUCGACAACCCGACCAUUGCGACGGGCCUCAUGAGCUUCUUGUUGCAUGAGUUCGUCUACUUCGGCCGCUCGCUUCCAUGGAUCAUCAUCGACGCCAUGCCCUACUUCCGGAAGUGGAAGCUCCAGCCGAACAAGGUGCCGACGCCGCAGGAGCAGUGGGAAUGCACGAAGCAGGUCCUGUUCUCGCACUUCACGAUCGAGCUGCCAGCGAUCUGGCUGUUCCACCCCGUCGCUGAGUCCCUCGGUAUGCGCACGCACCAUGUGCCGCUCCCCGGGUUCAAGGAGAUGGCCCCGCAAAUCUUCUUUUUCUUCGUCUUCGAGGACUUCUUCCACUACGUUGCCCACCAAGCGCUCCACACUGGUGUCUUGUACAAGCACAUCCACAAGAUCCACCACAAGUACUCCGCGCCCUUCGGUCUCGCCGCAGAGUACGCCCACCCCGCUGAGGUCUGCAUCCUCGGCGCGGGCACGAUCUGCGGGCCGCUCCUCUACUGCUACUUCACGCAGAACCUGCACAUCUUCACCGUCUAUCUCUGGAUCCUCCUCCGCCUCUUCCAGGCCGUCGACGCGCACAGCGGGUACGACUUCCCCUGGUCGCUGCACAACAUCGUCCCCUUCUGGUCCGGCGCGGAGCACCACGACUUCCACCACAUGGCGUUCACGAACAACUUCUCGACGUCGUUCCGCUGGUGGGACUACAUGCUCGGCACGGACGACAAGUACCGGGCGUACCGCGCGCGCGUAAAGGCGAUGAAGAAGAAGGGCAUGACCGCGGAGGAGCAGCGCGAUAUCGAGCGCAAGCUGAUGGAUGAGGUGGAGAAGGAGGGUAUUGCGGCGGAGGCGGAGGUCGAGAGGACCGCCGGUAACUUCUUCAAGGCGAAGGCUGCAUAAGCGUCGCCUGGGUUGAUGUUCCUCGAGGUCUUGCGGACGAGGACCUGGCUUUCUUGCACGAGGGAUGAGCAGAGUACACGACUCAUGAUAGGGAAAACGUCCGGUCUUUAGAUGAUUAGUGAAUACACUCCGACUCUAAUUGCAACUUCCACAAAGGGUUGAUACACACGGAAUCCC